AUAUAAGUAUAUAUACACCUUCAUUCAACACUAAGGAAAAGCGCAGUCUGAAUAACUGAUCUUUAACCAUCAAUAAGAUUCCUUCACCAUGUCCAUUCUCUUGGGAUCAGUCUUCCUCUCCAUUGCCGUGAUGAUGUCAGAAACGCAGACACAUGAUGUCACCACUCCAGGAUGUCAUCUUCAUCCAUUUAAUGUUACUAUAAGAAGUGAUCGCAAAGGAACGUGCAGAGGAACCCAAGUCAUUCAUGCCUGUGUGGGCCACUGUGAGUCAAGUGCUUUCCCAUCCAAAUAUUCGGUGCUGGCGGCAAGUGGAUUUAAACAUAAUAUUACGUCAGUGUCACAGUGCUGCACUAUAAGCAAAUUGCAGAAGGUUAAGGUUCAAUUGCUCUGCGCUGGAUCUCGUUGGGAAGAGAUAGAAAUUGGCACUGCCAAAGCAUGCCAAUGUGAUAUGUGUCGUCUCUCAAGAUACUAACAUGAACACACUCUCAUGUCAUAUUACUAGCAGUGUCAGAGCUCCUGUUUGCCACAUUCAGGCAUUUUAUAGUUUAGCUGGUGGGAGGCAGUAGAAGUCCAAACGUCUCUGUUACACGGUUGUACAAACCCAUAUACACACCAGCACAUGUAAACACUGAAUAAA